CCGUCGUGCACGCGCAGUUUUACAUGCUGACAAGCAGGCAGGCACACCUCCUCCCCUUAUCUGUGCGGCAAGCAGCGAGGGGCUGCGUUUCAAUCCUCGGCAGCAGCAGCAGGACGGAUCCAGAAGAGAGCAGAUCAGCCAGCAGCUCCCACAGCUGAAGUGUGUGCCGGCGGGACAGCCAUGGAGGACACUCUCACCUGCAGCCAUGCCACUUUUUCCCAGGUGUUUGGACGCCAGGGGCAGCUUAUGCAAGCCACGGUGCAGUCUCUCAACAGCCUGAAUGACCAAAUCGCACAGUUCAUGGUGACUAGUCCCUGCAGCCUGCCUGAUGAGGAUGAAGUCUUCAUACCAGGAGAGAGGGGCACCUUGAGGAAGUCUAUGACCCUGAUGAGACACCUGCUCAUGGACGCUCAGGGCAAAAUCCUUAAAAUGAUGGAGGACAACAAACAGCUGGCACAGAGGAUUGAUGGGGCCAUCCAGUCCGCCAGUCAGGAAGUGACUAACCUGCGCUCCGAGCUCUCCGCCACCAGCCGCAGGCUGGCGGAGCUGGGUGCCAGCAGUCCCCCCGCUGUGGAAAACCAUGUCCAGCACAACCACCACGAUGACAGCCUGCACUACCGGGACCCCUCCAUUCAUCACCGCCAGAAGACAGUGGUGACGGAUAUGUGCUGCCCGAGAGAGAUAUCCAGUUUGAUGGACUUUGGCACUGCGGAUUGCUCGCUUGGCAAAGUGUUGCUGCACGAGGAGGUGGCCCAGCUUCAGGAGGAGGUCCAGCUGCUGAGGCAAAUGAAGGAGAUGUUGAGUAAAGACCUGGAGGAGACCCAGGGAGGCUGCUCUUCCAACGUGCUCUCUGCCACUGAGCUGCGAGUGCAACUGGGUGACAAGGAGCAGGAGCUGGACCGUGCAAAAGAGGCCUUACAAGCUAUGAAGGCUGACCGUAAGCGCCUAAAGGUGGAAAAAGUGGACUUGGCGAGUCAGAUGCAGCAACUGUACACAACACUGGAGAGCAGAGAGGAGCAGCUGAGAGAAUUCAUACGCAACUAUGACCAACACAGAAAGGAGAGUGAGGAUGCAGUGAAGGUCCUGGCGAAGGAGAAGGACAUGCUGGAAAGGGAAAAGUGGGACCUGAGGAGGCAGACCAAAGAAGCCACGGAGCAGGCCAACCUCUUGCGUUCUCAGAUCGAUAUGAAGGAGAACAGGAUCAAGGAGCUGGAGGCCGAGCUCACCAUGGCCAAACAGUCUCUGGCCACUCUGACUAAAGACGUACCGAAGCGCCACUCGUUGGCCAUGCCCACGGAGCCUGUGAUGAACGGCAGUCAGGAGUGGGUGAUGCAGGCCGAUCUGCCACUCACUGCCGCCAUUCGUCAGAGCCAACAGACGCUCUACCACGGACACACCAUGGACAGACAGGCCGUGGUUAGGAUCAGCCCCUGCCACUCUCGCCAGCCAUCUGUCAUUUCUGAUGCACCUGACGGGGACCGCUCAUCCACACCUAGUGACAUCAACUCACCACGCCACCGGACACACUCCCUCUGCAAUUCUAUGGAGGACCUGGAAGACCAGAAGCGUAAGAAGAAGAAGGAGAAGAUGACUCUUGGAUCACUGUCACGGGUCUUCACUCGGGGAAAGCAGCGCAAAUCUCUGGACCCUGGCCUGUUUGAUGAUACUGACAGCCUCACACAGCAGAGCCUCUCUGACGGGGAGGACCACCUGGACCGCCUGCAGCAGGCAGAGCUGACUCGAAAUAAGUGCAUGUCGCUGUGGAGGGCGGGGGAGGUCCAGGCCUGGCUGGAAGUUGUCAUGGGGAUGCCCAUGUAUAUCCGUGCUUUCUCCGAAAACGUCAAAAGUGGUAAGGUGUUGCUCGGGUUGACAGAUGAGGACAUUGAACUGGGUCUAGGGCUCAGUAACCCAAUUCACAGAAGGAAACUCAGGCUAGCCAUUGAGGAUUACAAGAAAGCUGAAGGUGACCAAGGAUUAUCAAAAGCAUCCGAGAUGGACCAUCACUGGGUUGCAAAGUCAUGGCUGAGUGAUGUAGGGCUCCCUCAAUAUUCCCAACUCUUCCAAACUCAUUUAGUGGAUGGGCGGGUGCUGAACUCUCUCAGCCGCAGAGACCUGGAGAGAUUCCUCAACAUUAGUGACCAGUUUCAUCAGACCAGUUUACUUCUGGCAAUCCAGCUCCUGCAGAUGCUCGGCUUUGAUAAAGAGGCUCUGCAAGCACGACGGGCAAAAUGUGAGCACCAACAUCGAGACCCCAUUGUUUGGACGUGUCACAGGGUAACGAAGUGGAUUACAGAUAUAGAUAUGGAGGAGUUUGCAGACAAUCUGCAGGGUAAAGGCAUUCACGGGGCUCUGAUGACUCUCGACCCGGCCUUUGACACAGAAGCCAUGGCCAAAGUCCUGGGGAUCCCCAGCAACAAGCACAUGCUGCAUCUGCACCUGUUCGAGGAGAUGAAAAGCCUCACUGUCCUUCACAGCAACACAGAGCAGGAAUGUGAGGCUUUUGGCUCGUCUUCACCAGUGGCAAUUAACCGCUUUCCUGAUGACAGAGUGACCAUGAGAAGAUCAGGCAAGAGCCCGCUGAGGUUCCGUGCAAACAGCCACUCUGUGGAGCGUGGGGUGGGUUUCCACGGCAGCUGUGGGUCGCUGCCCAGAGAAGCCAGAGUCCAGGCUGAGGCGCGGACCAAGAGCAGCCCCAUGCACAACUACAAAAGUGUUGAAAUCACCAACGUCUGAAGUGACGUCAGUCUCCACGUUAGCUCACUUUGUCGUAGUCAGUUACCUUGUUGUUGUUAUAUUGUUGUUUACUACUGACAGAGCUGCACUCUGUAUCGCUGACCUGCAAAAGGUCGAGUGAUAAACUGUCUCAAAGAUGAAUCCCACAGAAUUCAAGCAUUUAUGUUUGAUUUCAUUGUUCAAAAUAAAAACAAAACCUGGAACUGCAACAUAUAAUGAAUCAAGUAAUCUACUUAUAGUUUUGUUUUGUGGUUUUUUUCAUCUUAAACUUACAAAUGUUUUAUAUUGUAGGUUUUAUACUGUAGAACAAUGAAGUGAAAUCACAGAUAAAGAUUCUAAAAAAAAAAACAGAUCUAAUACAGUGCUGACUCCUUUAAUGCCUUAUAUGAAUGUGGUAUUUAUGUAUUAUUUUAACAGCACUGUUGUUUAUUGCUCUGUCUCUGGAAUAUAUGUUAACAUGUCAGCUCAGUUGAUGUAAAAUGUGUUGCACAUUCUGUAAGUAAAUGAGGAACUGUGCUCCAAGUCGAGCAAAAAGC